AUGUCCAACGACGACAUUUUACCUUGUGCCUACCCCAAGACCUCUGACUCGGCCAUCAACAGGCACAAGGAGAGAGGCCACUAUGAUGCCGAGACCGUGCAUGGCAUAAUCAACUCUACCCCGGUCGCCCAUGUCUCCUUCAUCCCAGACCCCUCGGACCCCAAACCAGUAGUGCUGCCAAUGAUCGCACGCGUCGCCUCCUUCAACAACCAAGACCCAGCCGUGUACAUCCACGGCUAUGUCUCAGCCCGCAUGUUCAGCACCCAGGCCCGACAACCAGUCUGUGUGGCAGCCACCAAGAUUGACAAUCUUGUCCUGGCCCUCACCCCCUUCAACCACAGCUAUGACUACCGGAGCGCCGUCGUCCACGGCACCGCAGCCCUGCUGGACCCGGGCACCAAGUCGAGCCCGGCCAACCGCGACGAGAUCGGGUUUGCCCUGCAACUAAUCACCGACUCCAUGGUAACGGACCGCUGGGCCAACACCCGCGCCCCUGAUGAGGCUGAGAUUGCGGCCACGCGGGUCCUAAAGGUGCGGAUCGAGUCUGCGUCCGCCAAGAUUCGUGAUUCUGGCGUCAGCGACGAUGCCAAGGACCUGAAAAGCAAUGAGACGACUGCGCGGGUCUGGACCGGUGUUAUACCGUACGUCGAGAUGCUGGGCGAGCCGCAGCCGGCUGGGACGAACAAGGUCGCCGGCAUACCUUCAUAUGUCGAGGAGCAUGUUAGGGCCCACAACCAGAAGGCCGGAGCCGGGUUCCCUGUUGUAUCGGGUGGGCUGGCGGGCAAGGUGUUGGCUUCGUUGCUUGUUGCUUGGGCGGUAUUCGUAAUGACCAGGUGA